UUGCAUUUAAUUAGCAAGCAUAUCAAAUGGGAUUAAUCAACGAAGGUUUCUAGCGAAACUCUCUCUUUCUCUCCCUGACUACUACUUAGUAUCCAUUGGCACUUUCUCAACGGAACAUGUUAUUUGCUCUGCAACGUUAUAUCAAAUACUUCGCUGUGUUGGGCCUGGUGCCUUGGGUGAACGAAAAGUCGAGCAAGCAGCAUUACCAAAAGAUCUAUACGCUAAUGCUAAUACUCUCAAAUGUCGGCGUGGCUCUCUAUAAGAUCAUUUUCCGACCGCCCGAGGGAGAUUUGUUAGUUUCACUGCUGGUCAGCUGCAUCGUAUUUGUAUGCCAAAUUGUUACCAUGACAGUUAUUGAACUGCAAGUGAUGUGCCAGUACAAUGGAUACUACGAGUUCUGUCUGCAGCUGAAGUGUUUGCGCUUGCACUUCCAGUGCGAGUUGCAGCAGCCGAUCAGGAACUUACCCUGGAGCAGAUAUGUCAAAUUUUAUGCUCUGGGCAUUAUCAAUAUCGUUGUCUUUAUUCCGUCUAUAUAUGUGGCCGUGAAUUCGGACUACAUCGGCUACUUUUGGUACUCGCUGGCCGCAGUUAUCAUCAAUCGAUAUCAAUGCCUGCUGCUGCUGCUCUAUGUGGAUCUCUUGGGCUAUCAUGCGGAGCGUUUGGAUCAACGUCUGCAAGCACUCCACAGCUAUCGUCAGCUGGGCACCCAGACCAUAUUGGACACGAAGUUCGAGCAAAUGUGCUCGUUGGACCAUCUGUUGAGUCUGAAACGCGCCUACAUGGAGCUCUAUCGCCUGUUUGAACUUUACAACAGUUUGUUUGGCUGGUCGAUUGUCAGCAUCUUUGUCGUUAUGUUUCUGGACAGCAUCAUUAAUAUCUAUUGGUCACUCCUUGUGCUGAUUAAGAUCUACAAGUUUGGCUUCAUCUUCAUGACCUGUGCCACCUUUGUGCCGUUGCUUAUACUACUUUUCACCUUUUGCCAUUGCGGCGAGUACUGCAAGCGACAGCACAUGCUGAUAGGCAGCCAUGUGAGGGCCCUGGCCUGUGCCGCCCAAUGCCAGUCGGUGCCGCCUCCAUUGGCCUAUAAUGCGGUUCUGGCUGAGUUCGCCAUGCAGGUGGAACAGGAUGCUCUGGCUAUCAGCGCUGAGGGCUUUAUGGACAUCGACUAUAAUCUGCUAAUGUCGAUCUUCACGGCCAUGGUUACCUAUCUGAUAGUGCUCAUGCAAUUCGGCUCGUUGUAUGCUUAG